AUGUUUUCUCUAUUUUCCGUUCUAAGGACGUUUUACCAGUCCCAGACAAGGUCCAGGACACAUGGCACAACCACUGAGAAAGAGGCACCUUCACCGCCCAUUCUCCGCACCUACACCCUCCUCCACAGCGGCGGUGCGAACUCGAGAGACCUCUCCAUCCUCCCGGAAGGUUCCUCCUCUGCUAUCUACACCACCGCCGUCGAGCCCAUAAUCGACAUGCAACACCCCAACUCCAUCACCCUAUAUUGCCCCUCUUCCCCCGACCCCAUUGCCGGGGUAGUACGCAUGUACCACGGCUGCGACACUAUGAACAUGGCCUUUGGCGACCCCGAGGAUUUCUCCAAGAGCGACAACUCCGUCUGGGAAGAUAUACUCGUCAAACCCGGCUCUCGCACCACCCACGAAUUUGGCCUCGGCCUCGGCGACGACCUACGCCGCGGAUUCGAAUGGCAAGCCUGUCACAAUACCCUCACUGCACCACCUGCCACGCUCUCACCCGCCACCGAGAAACACGCGCAGGGUAAAUCUUCCCCUGGCAGGACGCCCAGCGGGGGCAUCCCCGAACACGCCGCACGCACUCAUUCCUGGAGUCUCGCGGAGAAGAAAGCCAAGCCCCGGAACUUCAAGUUGGUGGACCGCAAUGAUGGCGAGACGGUCGCGAUGUUUGUGCAUCCCGAGUUGGUCGGGCAUGAUGCGAAUGCGCAGGGGGAGAUGAGCAGGAGAGGCAAGUUUGUAAUCUUUAGGGAUUUCUGGAAACAUGGUCUUUAUGUCGAGGAGUGGGAUAAGGCGGUUUUGUUGAGUGGGUUGGCGGUCCUAGAGAGGGUGGAUAGGGAACAAGGAGCUUCUGGUUGCGGAAUCUCGGAGUCUUGAGAUACAUCACUUGAGCUAAUGAGAUGCCGAUUGGAGAUGGUCUCAAUGGUGGCUAAGGCGUCAACUGAUUUAAUUGGCUUUAUGCAGAACAAGAUACC